CCGAGCAGAGAACCAGAAUAACCUACACGAUAAGCCUAGUAAACAACACGAUUGUGGUAUUGGAGAAGAAGAAGAAUUUGAAUUUUGUAUUUUAUGAAAACCUUUUUGUUUUCUGCAUUUUGUUAAUAACUAGUUUUGCUGAUAUUUUGGAUUUUAACAUUUUAAUAGGAGUAUAGAAUGGCAAUCAUCAUCAGAGUGUGAGUAGAUAUUUUUAUAGUGUUUUCCCAUUUCAAGAUCUUUAGUUGGCAGUUAUGAUUGUCAAAAGCAGUGCAAAAAAGCAAGUUGACAUUGGUUAAUUUGUAAUUAUUAUAGCAAAGAUUAUAGUCAGUCUAACUAACGGAAAAAACAACGCAUAUUAAGAUUUUUUCAAAAUCUAAUUCGAAAGCAAUUGUUUCAUAGUAGAUUUGUUGCUGAUAUAAUUCAAAAAGACUCGAUUUUGUCAUACUUAUAUGGGGCCCCCAAAACGUAGUGGUGCCGGUAGAAACGAAGGACGACCUUCCAAAAGACGCAAGAAGGAGGAGGAAGAAGCUUGGACAUAUGAAGAGGAAGAUACAAAUGAUAAUGAAACAUCUGAAUCAUUUGUUCCAGGAGCGGCAGCAAGAGAUGCUGAAAAAAAUGAUAACUCUGUUCAAGAAGAUGAGUUUGGGGCUAAAGACUAUCGUUCCCAAAUGAUCCUGAAGCCAGACAAUGCUUCUCGGCCACUCUGGGUGGCCCCCAAUGGUCAUAUCUUCUUAGAAUCCUUUUCUCCAGUAUAUAGACAUGCUCAUGAUUUCCUCAUUGCCAUUUCUGAACCGGUUUGUCGCCCUGAACAUAUUCAUGAAUAUAAGCUGACGGCAUAUUCCCUUUAUGCAGCUGUCAGUGUUGGUUUGCAAACCAAUGAUAUUAUUGAAUACCUCAAGAGGUUAAGCAAGACUAGCGUUCCUGAUGGUAUUAUAGAGUUCAUUAAACUGUGUACCCUCUCUUAUGGUAAGGUUAAGCUUGUUCUCAAGCACAACAAAUAUUUUGUAGAAAGUCCCUUUCCUGAAAUUUUGCAAAAGUUACUUAAAGAUCCAGUGAUUCAAGAGUGUAGAUUGCGCAGAAAUGUUGAAAAUGAAAGUGAAGAAUUCAUCAAACAGGUUCAAGAUAAGAAAAAUAUCCCUUCUUUUGGUGUGAAAGCUGGUACAUCUGGAGAUCAAGGAAACAGUGGAGAAGGAAAUACAGUUCCCGAUGAUAUCACUAAUUUCUAUGAGAAAAUGGACAAUGAAGAAGAAGAGGAAGAUACCUCCUUAGAGACUGUUUCCUUUGAAGUGAAUCAAGAAAAAAUUGAAGUAAUUCAGAAGAGGUGUAUUGAACUUGAAUAUCCUCUCCUCGCCGAAUAUGAUUUUAGAAAUGAUACAAUCAAUCCUGAUAUCAAUGUAGACCUCAGACCAUCUGCAGUCUUACGUCCUUACCAAGAAAAAAGUCUCAGGAAAAUGUUUGGUAAUGGAAGAGCCAGAUCUGGAGUUAUUGUUUUGCCGUGUGGAGCUGGUAAGUCACUGGUGGGUGUGACUGCUUGCUGCACCGUGAGGAAAAGGGCAUUAGUAUUGUGCAAUUCUGGAGUAUCUGUGGAGCAGUGGAAGCAACAAUUCAAAAUGUGGUCCACUGCAGAUGACAGUAUGAUUUGUAGAUUCACAUCUGAAGCCAAAGAUAAACCAAUG